UUUUGGCCAAGUGACUAAGGUUGAAUUUGUGUGAGUUAAAUGUGGAUAUUGUGCAGCCCCUGUACUCAGCAUUGCUCGUCUCCACUGGUACCGCCCCUGUCCCACGUCAGGCCCUAAUCCUUCCUCGCCUCACUUCUGGUGGUCUUUGUGAGAGGCCUUUCUGAAGCCAGGCCACCCACUGUCCAUGCCACACAUUUGCUGCCGAGCGAUCCUUCUAAAGAAUUCCCGAUUUAAACACUGCAGCACGCGGACUCGUGGCAGUCCUCCUCAACGUUCUCCACCAACAUUCUGCUGUGGCAGAGGUUCAGUGACUUAAGUAUCCCCAGGAUCCCGGCAGCACAGCUGGGUGUGGUGAAGUCUCCUUGACGUCUUGUGCCGUGCUCAUGUGUGUGUGUUCGUAUAACACUGUUUCAGACUUCCAGCUGAACUCUCAUCUCUCAACACUGGCAAAUAUUCAUAAGAUCUACCACACCCUUAAUAAGCUAAAUCUAACAGAAGACAUUGGCCAAGACGAUCACCCAACAGGAAGCCUGCGGUCUUGCAGCUCUUCAGACUGCUUUAGUAAAGUGAUGCCGCCCAGGAAAAAGAGAAGACCCGCCUCUGGAGAUGACUUAUCCGCCAAGAAAAGUAGACACGAUGGCAUGUAUAGGAAAUAUGAUUCAACCAGAAUAAAGACUGAAGAAGAAGCCUUUUCAAGUAAGAGAUGCUUAGAGUGGUUCUACGAAUAUGCAGGCGCUGAUGAUGUCGUAGGUCCUGAAGGCAUGGAGAAAUUCUGUGAAGACAUUGGUGUGGAACCAGAAAAUGUAGUUAUGCUUGUCCUAGCUUGGAAAUUGGAUGCACAAAACAUGGGUUAUUUUACUCUACAGGAAUGGUUAAAAGGAAUGACUUCUCUACAAUGUGAUACAACAGAAAAACUCAGAAAUACUUUGGAUUACUUAAGAUCAUUAUUAAAUGAUUCUACAAACUUUAAACUUAUUUACAGAUAUGCGUUUGACUUUGCACGGGAAAAGGACCAGCGCAGCCUAGACAUAAACACUGCCAAGUGCAUGUUGGGACUGUUAUUAGGAAAAAUCUGGCCCCUUUUUCCAGUUUUUCACCAAUUCUUAGAGCAAUCAAAAUAUAAAGUUAUUAACAAAGACCAGUGGUGCAAUGUGCUAGAGUUUAGCAGGACAAUUAACCUUGACCUCAGCAACUAUGAUGAAGAUGGAGCGUGGCCAGUUUUGUUGGACGAAUUUGUGGAGUGGUAUAAAGACAAACAGAUGUCCUAGGACUUUAUGCAUAGCAGCGAGAGAGUCACUGUUACCACAGAUAUGUCAGCCAUUAGCCAUAAAUUGCUGUUUGUAUCAAAGCGCAUGCUGCUUUUCUUGCACUGUCUCCCUUCUGCAGGGACGUUUUGGUGUUUGCUUGAAUGGGCCAGCUCUGCUUGCUGUGUAGCAUUGUUCUCUUGGAAGGCUGCUCUGCAGUUCGUAUUUACACUACAGAUUGGUGACAUUUGCCAACGUCCUCACUGUGAUGAUGUGUAUAUUGCUGUUUAAAUUUUGUAUAUGUGUAUAAAAAGAAAAAAGCUUCACCUAGAGAUUAUUUCUGCAAAACUGUAUUGUAAAAAUAAUUUUUGUGGCAUAUUUCUAGUCCCUUUUUUUAAAUGAACCAAUUAUACUUCAUUUGGUCUCCGAUGUAGCAUUUCAGAACACAAGAGAGAACAACUGUUACCAUCAGCGAAUGUUGCCAGAAUUAACCUCAUUGUUUAAGAGGCCAACUUUUGGAAGGAGGUGGGAAUCAGAACUUUUCAGAGGCCUUUGCCAAAUAUAAUUUGGUUUACUUAAAUAUGAGUGUUUUUAAAUGAUGAAAGGUAUCCUUAUUUGAACGUGUAGACGCGUACCGUGCCACAGGUCAUUUCCACCAUGCAAGGUGUAGGUUUUUAUUCUCUGAUGUUAAAGCCGUAGUAGUUUGAAUAUAGGUACAAAUGAACAAAUUAAAAUUGCACCUUUUUUUAAAUGAGUUUGAAACGCUCGUAAACUUCCUUUACUGGUUUUUGUCCCCCUUCUGCCCUCUCCUAGUCAGUGUUGGGUCUGCCACCACUCCCCGUGCCCUUCUGCGUCACACUGACCCUGCCGCCUCCGUGGGAGCCUCAUGGUUUGCUGGCAGUUUGUAACCGCAGAACAUUUUCCGUUGUGGUUUGGAUUUUUAGUUAAGCUUUCAUGGUGUCUAACAUUCUAGUUUUUUGGAAAAAGAACUGUACUGUAAGUGAGAGGUGUUUUCUUUUGUUUUCUUUCUUUCAUGCUAGGCUUUUCCUGGCAGAAUGUCCAUUGCAGGCAGUGGACACGAAACCACCAGCAUUGAGCUCACUUUAUCACACAGUAGGACCUUUCCUGGAGGGGCCACUUCGUCACUCAUUACCUGAGUAAUUUGUACGGAAAGGUGAUAGCCGUUAUUUAUGUGGAUGAGGAGAUGAGUGAACAGGACGGUGUUUUAGGGUUGUAUUUUAUGUCUUUUUUUUUUUUUCCUUGCCUUACCCUUCCUGAGGAAAUGUAUAGAUAACAUGUUUUCCCCUCAACUAUCUGGUGCUAUUGAAUGACUAAUUGAGUCCCUGAAGUUUUGUGAAAACAUAAAAGUCUAAUGAUUUAAACCGAGUAAAAAGCUAAUGGUGCAUUUGAACAGGGGAAUGCUGUAGGGAUGAGCAGGAUCCGUGAUGGAAUAAUGAUUGGAAGAGGGUUGGGUUAUUGCAAAAUCUGGCCAAAAAAAUCUUUCAGGCUAAAUGUGAACCUUUACAUGGCAUUAAAUGAGUAAAGCACACAGACAAUGCUACUCCUGACCACUAUUUCACAGUUUCUUUGCAAACAGUGUUCAGAUUUUCAUAUUAUUUUUUCCCUAACUAAACCACCAAAGACAGAAAUGUUGUAUGUAUAUAUGGUGUGUGUGCAUAUACAAAAUCAUGAUAUGGUAGAAUGAAAUCAUUUCCUUUUUCUACCAAAUAGAAAGGUUUGGUUUGCUGUGAAAUAAACCAGAAGUGUGGAAAACUCUGUAGUGAUUAAGCAGAUUUAAUCAUUCCUUGCUUGGCAAUGGUAGACUUGCCUCUACCUUACAACUUUGAACCAGUUUGCACAAAUCAAUAUCCGAAGAGAAUAGAAGAUGUUGAUGGCAAGCACAGCUCUUGGGACCUAUGUGUUGCAAGGGAUUCCCUCCCAACAGGUGCCUGGUAUCCCAGUGGCGAUGGGCCAGAGGCAGGUGUGAAUUUGUGGAGAACUUGAUUCAUUUUCAGAAGUAUCCUGUAAAGUUAAAAAAAAAUCACACUUUAAAGGUAACAGUUCUUAGAGUUGAUCAACUAUAGUUUUGUUUAAACAAAUACAAAUCAUAGAUGAAAUGAUUUUAAAAGCUAUGGUUAGGAACUGGAGAAUGUUUUGAAACGCUAAGCACAAUUAAUCCUAAUAUAAAAGGAUUAUAACGGGGAGAUGUUAAACAUGUCAGCCACAGUGACCAUUUUGAUGAUAAGGGGAAAAAACCCAAGGAAAAACUAUUUGUGAUCUAGAAUAUGGAAAGUAAGUAUUCCAAAGUGAUGAUAAUCUUGUAUAUUUAGAUGACUCCAGAUAAUUUUUGAGGUCUCUUGAAAAUAAACCUCUAUGACUGGAGUGCUUGCCCUUGGUUCCUGAUUUUAUGCAGUUAAUUUGAGGGAGAGGAAAAGGGGCCAAAUGAGUAAUAAGAUACUUUUCUCUUAAAAAUGUCCCUAAGUUACAUAAAAUUGAGCAGUUAUCAGACACUUACUGGCCAAUGUUAAAGAAAUUAGGGUGCCUUCUUCUGGUUUUUCUUUCUUACCUGUCUACACCCUUUUUCUCUUCCCACUGUGUCUUGAACUACACAUUGUAAUACUCUGUCGUCAUGGAAUACAACUUUUUGGUGUUUACUGGUAGGUCAGAAAUUUCAUGAUUUGAUUUGCCAUAAACACCCACUGUAAUGUUACAUGCAGCUUUCUCGAAGCAUGAACUCUGAAUUAAGUUUCUACAAAUCUGACUAGACCAACCUCUAGCUUCUCCUUUAACAACACACAUCUGUUGCCUCUCCGUGUCCAUUUUACCAGUGCUUUUGAAGUUUAUACAGAAAGCUUUCCAAGUUAGUUUGUGCCCUUGGUUUUUAUUCUUACAACUGCUAAAAUACCUCUGUAAGCCUUAUCUUUUAUUCUUUCAUAUGUUGUAUAAUAAAUGUAUAGAAUUCAUUGACCAACUAAAUGUUGGGUGUCUGUAAAUGAGACCAAAACGUGGGUUGCUUUUUAUCAUAAGAUCUUUCCCUUGGGGGUUACUGUUAAAUGGACAGCAGCCAACCUGUAACUGUGAACGCUUCGUGUCGUCAGUAUCUGCAUUCCAUCCAUAGACGUGUGCAAGUCCUGUGACUCCAGCUUAACUAAAACACUGUUAUGCCACCUAACUUGAGUACAGCAAACUGGUUUUAGGUUUUAAUGGAAUUGAUGUAAAAUGAUAUCCCAUAAAUAAAAAGUAUUUGUGUUUGGUUUCAGAA